CUCAAGUCCACCGGUGGUUCGGUGAAUGUGCUGCGAGCGCCGCCCCGCGUAGCGUCCUACCCUUUCCCAAUAUAUCUAUGCCCCACACGCAUUCCGCCAUGGCGCGCGCCGCCCGGCGGACCCGCGCGAUCGAGCGCGGCUAUUUGAUCCCACGGCCAGAGCCGACGCGCCGCUGGAUCUCAGUGCCGCUCUAGCUUGUCGACGGCGCCAAGGUCAUUCUCAAGUCCUUGGAGGUGCACGCCCAGCACGACAUCGACAUUGGGUCGCGCCACCAUUCGGCGAGGCUGGCGACGCUCGCCGCGAUGCCGAACGCCGACCUGGAAGCGCGCAACUCCGCGACGAUCAUCCACAAGAAGGCCGACCUCGCGAAGCACGAGGUCGGGAAACUCGCAAUAGUGCGCGCCGCCACUCCUGCUGACGCUACUGCUGGACCCACGCUGCCAAUCGACAUGGCUGCAACGAAGACGGCCCUGGUGGAUGUGCACUCCGCGCUCGCCUCCAGCGAACAGCGGGCGCAUGAAGCUCGACGUGAGCUCGCUGACCUCCAUGAGGAAUGUGCCGACCAGCAAGUGGCCCACAUGGAGUGCAUAGCCAAGACCAUCGACGCGUCUGCGAGCCAGUCCAACAGCCUCGCGAACCAUUUGCAGGACGCGCCCGCGAGUCAGUUCAACAGCCUCGCGAACCAGCUGGAGCUAGACACGCUGAAGACCCAGAGCAUCGAGGCCACGGACCAGGUGAAUCGAACACAUCACAUCGAGUACGGCGACAUCUUCGUACAAUCGACGGGCGACAAGCAGAACGACUCCAACAUGACCUCCGUGCCCGACGCCAGCUCCGAUAAGCUCAUCCAUCACCCCACCGGCAGGCUUUUCUUACUGCUGCUGCUGAUCGUGGAGGUGGUGGUGGAUAACGUUGUAUGCCAUGGGGCCCUUCCAGAGCUCGGAUUCUCCAUUCACCAUCUUCUUCUUCAGCUCCCACAAGCAUAUGAGCAAUGUCCUCGCUAUGCCUGUGCACGACGAUAAUGCGCUCACACGCGUGCCCAACUCCAUCGAUCCGCAGACGGUCAGCGCCCAGGAGCUCCACAACGACCUGAAGAGGCGCCCGCACGACGACGCAAUGGACAUAUUCGGUAUCCAGGACUCGUCCUUCUGCGCGUCGCUGGAGGACCUCGUCGCCGAUGCCAUCUGUUUUGAUUGCUCCGAUGUCGGAUACUCCCUGCCGAACGGGGUUCAGUCGGACUUCGGGGCGGACCUCUUGCUCUUUGUGACCGGCGAAGCCGAGGACAGCAAGUAUUAGGACGGCUGCUGCUCCGCCCCGCGCGCCUUGAGUCGCUCGGGCGCCGCGCGGCCGAGCUGGACGUGAGCUGGCGAACCUUCCCGC